GUCCCAUACCUUCUUUUGCACAUGCACGUAGGAUCGGCUUCGCUUCCAAGCUGGUGCAGGAUGUCGGCCUGCAAUUGGAUCCCCACACUUGCAGGACGAAGCUCGGAUUAUCUAAAGGCCGAUAUGCCAACUAACAUGCCAGCCCACGCCGCACUGAAUUAAGAGAAACUUAUCUCUUUGGCCCUCCGUGGUCUGUCGGUUUAGAUGAUUUCGUCAACGCAAGUGGAUAGUCUUUAUUCACGAGUUGAGAAGUGCAAGGAGGAGGAUAGGAAGCGAGAGGAGUUGUUGGAUGAACUUGUGGCCAAGUUACAAGCUACGACAGAGGAGCUAAAGAAGACAAAGCUAGAUUUGGAACAUGAGAUCUCUGCGCGACGUGGGCUGCAAGAGCAGAACAAUGAGUUGUCAUCAAAGUUGACGGCGAAGCCAUAUGUUUUGGUAAUCGUCGAUGCAGAUGGGUACUACUUUAAUGGCUUGAAUGAAGGUGAAGAAGGGGGUAAAAAGGCUGCGGAUAUGUUAGCUAAAGCGGUAAAAGAACACAUUAAGAGCUUGGGGAAUGAUUUUGAUCAAUGUGAUAUCGUUGUCGAGACUUACGCCAACACGGAAGGUCUAGGCAAGACACUGGUCGACAACAGUCAGGUGCGGUCAAUUAACGAGUGGAGACAUUUUUGGAGUGGCUUUGUUUGUCGGCAACGAAUGUUCGCCCAUGUAGAUGUGGGUGGAGGAAAGGAGCAUGCUGAUCAGAGGAUUCGUGAGAGGGUAGAAUUUCACAGUCGUAUCUGGCAGUGUAAGCGAGUGUUUCUCGGUUGUUGCCAUGAUGCAGGCUACGCGACAUUUCUAGGCCAGUUUGUUUCAACUGGAAAGAUUACCUUGUUGAAGGACGGGGUGUGUCAUCCAAAGUUGGAGGCUUUGGGUCUCCCGACAGUGGAAUUUCGCGGACUGUUCACCGGGCCAGUGGCUUCUGGAGUUUCCGGUGCGUCUAAAGGUGGAAAACGCUUUCAGAACCCCUUUGCUUGGCAAAUGAGGCUUCUACCAGUUAGGAUCGAUAACAAGAGUGGACUACGUUAUGAUCGGCCGGUCACCGUCACGAUAGAAGAUGUGAAAAGGAUUGAGAAGAUGAGGCUUUGCCACUGGUUUUAUCUGACUGGUGCAUGCAAGGGUUGCGACCGGGUACACCAGGUAGAGCAAAGGCUAACCACUGACGAAUUUGAUUCACUGUGGACAAUCGCUCGAAGAGGUGAAUGCUAUAACAGCAGGAAGAAGAAGGUUUGCCACGAUCCUUUAUGCAUCUAUGGCCAUAAACCCUGAGCGCAGUGGGAUAGGAUCCCGGGUUUUUCUGCUAAUAUCAAAUGUUUAUGUGAAAACGCAAUGAUCGCUUUUGCCAGAGGCACUAGGGGAUGGAGUGCUAUGAAGGCUGGCAUAUAUUUAUUGG